AUGAAGUUCGUUUCGCAGGUUUUUAAAUCAUACCCAGCAAUGUUUGCGGGUGAGAACUCUUCACCUCCUUUCAUUCAUUGGGCGCAAAUGAAGGUUGUCAGAUGCGAGUCAUUGGUCAACUGCGUCAACAUAUCUCGUAUGUGGACAAAUAAGGCUGCUGGGACUGGAAACAUGGUCACUGAGAUCAUUGAGAGACAAAUGACAAGGCUCUUUGACCAGCGGACGAAAUAUAACGAACUUGAAAUGUUGGCUGCUUUACAGGCAUAUUUGCUCUACUCGAUGAUGCUCUUCUUCGAAUAUUGCUCACCGAAGAGCUUCGUAGAACAAGACGCUAUGAUUAAAUUGCAGGGCCUAGCAGGAGAUGUUGCUCGGACAGGCACUGUAUGUCUAGCUGAGACGAGAGAUACCCGCCCAGACUGGGAAUCCUGGAUUGUUGCUUCUGCUAAACGACGAACCUUAUUCGUGGCCUCCAUGUUCGAUAAUUUGGUCAACUUCACUUUAGGUACACCAUCGUUCAUUGCAACAGAACUCGCAGAACUACCCGCCCCAGCGAGUAAGCGCCUCUGGGAGUCAAGCAAUCGCAAUUCCUGGAAUAUGGCAUAUAAUCAACAUUUGACUGAAUGGAUAGAGGCGCCGUUUCUCGUAAGCGAACUCUGGCCUGUCGCUGACAUGAACUCGGCAAGGAGGCAGCAAAGGCUCGGCCAGUGGCUGUCGAAUGUAGAUGAGUUUGGCAUGAUGAUUUACAGUGUCACAGCUCACACGUAUGGCGGGUGA